AUUUUAUUAUAGCUUUAUGGUAACAUAACCUUUCCUGUCAUUGAAAUAAAAAAAGCUUUUGAUGGUUAGAAUUAUGUUUGCUCCAAACGUUUUAAAAUUUGGUGAUUUAUUAAAAGUAAAUCAUGAAAUUAGAAAAUCCUCAAUCAAACUUUUCCACACACAAUUUCAAAUACUGUUUUCAAAGGAAAAUGAAACAACUGAAAGUCCAAGAAUCCGCGAAUUUAGAAAAAAGCUAAGGGAGCGGACACCCAUAGAAAAAUUAGAAGAACUGGAAGAAGGAAAACAUCCUUAUCAAGAAAAAGAACCUUUGAAACCAUUUCCAAACAAUAUUAAUCCAGAAACAGGUGAAAUAGGAGGCCCACGUGGACCAGAACCAACUCGAUAUGGUGAUUGGGAAAGAAAAGGCAGAGUAACAGAUUUUUAGACGUAAAAAUUCUGUACGCAUAGUUCUUAUAGAACAAUAUCUAGUAUUAAAUAAUACAUGUAUACAUAUAUGUAUGUACAUGUAUGUAUAGUAUAGCUAAUAGCAUACUUUUAUUAGAAGUUUUGUUAAAACUAUAACAAAAGAAUAGCAUCAAAUUUCAUUGAUCCUGCUAUCAUACUAAUCAAAUAUGCAUAUUUUAAAGCUAAAUUUAUUUUUAAAUAGUGCUGGUUUCAGUAAGUUUAACUUUUUAAAUAAAGUUUUAAUGCAUCAGCCAAUUUUCACAUCCAGACAAUUUGCAACAAGUAUGAAAUGUACAAGUUUUAAUUUGCAACCUAAUAAUUUUGAUAUUUUAACCAUUGUAUAUAUUAUUAUAUUUAGCUACUUUAUUACAAACUGAGAAAUCAAAGCCAGGUAAAAAAGAGGAAUCAACAAGAAUGAAACAGUUUCAUAAGAAAUUAAGAUUGCAACCCAUACCAAGUAAAAUAAAUACGAAUUGUAAAUAGUGUAUAGAUUACAGGAGCUAGAU